AUGAACGAGACAGCGGCAAGAAACGAGGGUGGUGUGAAGUCGCUCAUCAUCACCAUUCCAACGGACGGAGAGCUAAUCAUCAUGGUACCUCUGCACGAGCCAAAAUGCUCGUCUUCCAUAAAAUUGGAGCCCUCAACCGGGUUGACAGAUUCGCGGGUUGACGUGGCGGGUAGUCCACUUAUCGCGGAUAUUUCAUAUUACUUUCUGCCUGGUGCGACCUUAAAUGUUUUUGCGUGGUCCAGCUGUGCCGUCAAAAUUGAGGGGUCAGAGCAACUAUUAUGCGGUAUUAUUCGGUCAUUUACGAAAUCAAUCACCCGCCCAGUAGUGGAAUACCAUUGUGUUCUCCACACGCAACGCGUCGCAGCGCAGCAGUCGCAAUCGAUGGGUCCUGUGACGCUGGUCUGUGGCGGGCAUCUGAGCGGGAAAGCCGCCGUGGUGCGUAGUCUAGUGAAUUAUGCAGCUCGCGCGGGUUGGAAGCCGCUUUUGGUCGAUAUGGACCCGAGUGUCUACCAGAUGAUUGGGCUUCCUGGCUCCAUCGGCGCCGCCAUCGUCGAUUACCCCGUUCCUCUCGACGAGGUUAUGGCUCUUUCUUUGGUGAGCACAACCUUUUUCGUCGGUUCCACUGAGGUGCAGAAGACGGACAAGUUAGGCGAAGCAUCGAUGAGUGCCGCCUAUGUGCAUUUUACAAAGCAGCUCCUGACGUGCGUGCGCGAGCGAUUGUCAACUCAUGUCAACGAUUUAUACGGCUGUAGCGGGGCCAUCGUUCUCUUGCCUGAAGUACAUGGCAGCUCCGGUAUGAGCUUUGUCAGCGAAGUGAUACAACAGUACGACGUUUCAAGCGUUUUGUGUCUUGGCGACGAUGAUUUGUUCCACUCUUUAUACCUCCGGCACGAUCGUGGUCACGCAAAUCAACCCGACUUCGUAAAAGUGGAUCGCAUUUCACACAAUUUCUCCGUCAUUCCGCCAGCAAAUCCGGACGUGCUUAUGCCAAUUAAGUACAGCGAACACUUUUUCGGUGCCGGUGCUGUAGGGCUGCAUCCAUCUCAAUGGUCAAAGCCGUUCAACAAUAUUGACGUUCUACUCCUCAAGGAAGAGAAAGGCCAGGUGGUGCUUUCAGCUGUUCCAAAAGACGAGUUGCUGGGUGUCGUCGGUUGCAUUGGAGCUUUGUAUUUGUCUAAAUCUGUCAGCGCGUUGCAAUCGUCGCCUGUUGUCUACGCGAGAGUGGAAAAGGUCGAUCCGGAGGGAAUUCAUUUUCUGACAAGCACCCAUUACACCUUUCCUUCUGAAAAAUUAGUGCUUCUUGUUGGAAAUGUACGCUGGAUCACCAGUACCUAA